GACAUUGUCAAUGGAUCCUCGUAACUCGUAACUGUUGGGAGGGAGGAAGUCGCCGACUGGGGAGUGCCGGAUCCAAAGCAAAACCCCAAUUGCCGAACCGAUUCUGCUCGUGUAGGAGGAAAAAGUUCUCGCAACCAACUGGGUCGUCGUCCGCCUUUCCGUCUCCUCCGUUUCAGCCCGGCUCCGGUGGCGAAAUGGGCUUCCUGGGCGACUUCAUUGAGGCCUUUUGGUCUCCAAAAGUCUGGCUACCUCCGAAUGUCACAUGGGCCGACUUAGUUCCAAAUGAAAAAAUCCAAUACACCGACCAUACUCAUCUCUACUACCCUUUGCCCAUGGCACUCGGCCUGCUGUUACUACGGUAUUUACUAGAAUGGUAUGUGUUUGCUCCGUUUGGCACGUCGUUGGGCAUCAGGGGUUCCAAGCCGAAGAAAGCCCCUGUAAACGAUUAUUUGGAAAAAGCCUACAAACAGAACAGCAAGAUGAGUCACAAAGAAGUGACGCACAUCUCGAAGCAGACGGACCUCAGCCAGAGGCAGAUCGAAAGGUGGCUGAGAUUAAGGAGGGCGCAGGAAAAGCCGUCCACCCUCACAAAAUUUUGUGAAAACAGCUGGAGGUGCCUUUACUACACCUAUUCCUUCCUUUUUGGCCUCUAUUGCCUUUGGGACAAACCUUGGCUUUGGAAUAUCGAUGAGUGUUGGACCAACUAUCCUCAUCAGAGUGUUACAAAUGAUACAUGGUGGUAUUACAUGAUAUCACUGUCUUUCUACUGGUCUCUCACCGUCUCGCAGUUCAGGGAUGUGAAGCGAAAGGAUUUCUGGCAAAUGUUCGUCCACCACAUUGCCACCAUUCUUCUCAUGGCGUUCUCUUGGGUCUGCAAUCUUGAGAGGGUCGGAACGCUUGUUUUGCUUGUUCAUGACUGUGCUGACAUUUUCCUCGAGGCUGCCAAAAUGGCUAAGUAUGCCAAGUACCAGAAAAUUUGUGAUACACUCUUUGCCAUUUUCACUGUAUUAUGGCUUGUUACUAGAAUAGGAAUUUACCCAUGUUGGAUCCUAUACAGCACAACAGUUCGUGCUCCUAGGAUUGUUAACACUAUGUUUCCAGCUUAUUACAUAUUUAACGGACUCUUAUGUUUACUCCUUGCACUCCAUAUAUUUUGGACUCACCUCAUUCUUAAAAUAGCUUAUAAUGCAAUUUCGGCUGGACAGAUGGAGGGAGAUAUACGUAGUUCAUCAAGUGAAGAUCUUUCCGAUGCUUCGACCAACUCUCAAGCUAACAACGUUGUUAAAAAGAUGCAGUGAACGUGUGCGGUUUGCCUUGUUGCCUUGUCCAUUCCACAUAAUGUUCUCGUGUAUAUAAUGUUAUAUACAUCUGUUUUAUAUGUAUAUUGGAAGUUAAAGGAAAGAAAAUUUUAGAUCGGAUUUUUUGUUGUUGAACAUGUAUAUAUAUACCAAAGAUCUUUGAAUAAGGAAAAAAAAAUAAAUUGGAAAUCCUCACUUGUUUUCAUUCAAAUUAAUAAAGUGUACGUGAUAUAGAUACUUCUUUUUCUUUUUUAAUUUUAUAAGUGGGGUUUGAAAAACCUAAAAACGGUAUUAGACUUUCUUUUUUUUUUAAAUGUGACUAACGUAUGUGUUAUUGAGUGUUCGUAAAAUAUAAAUUUGGGAACAACUUACACUAAAAAAUAAGAAUGGAGAAGAAAUGAUUUUUUUUCUGUCAGCUUACAAAUUAAAUUUACAACUUAUAUUCAUAAUUUUUUGGAAUGUAUUUUUCUCCUCUGCACUGUGUUGGUUUGGAAUUCAACUUUGGCGCCGAGAGUGUACAUAAGUGUACUGCUUAAAUGUUUUACCACAUAUCUUUUUUGUUUUUGUUUUUGUGAGUAGAAGUUUUUGCAAAAUCAAUGAAUGAUUCAGACAAAGUGGAUUAUUCUUUAUAUAUUUUUUUUUAAAUUGUACAAUUGAAGACUGAGGAUAGGAACUUUGAAUCGAUAGGUGCAAUAAAAUACAAAUAUGCAGGAUAUAUAUGCUAGCGAUGAACUUUAUAUUGUCAUAAAUAUCCUGCAUUAUUUGUUUCCGUAUAUUUUCAAAUUUUGUUAAUAACAUAGGUAUCAAAAGCUAGUUAAUUACAGUUUGUUUUCUUCCUAAAAUUUCUUAUUUUUAAGUACUAUAAAAUGUAAUAAAUAAUCUAUUAACAAAUGCACUCUAGCAGAACUUUUUUCUCUCUAACAUCUAAAAAAAAAAUUAGUGCAUCAGUUUUGUUUUUGCAAUGGAAGCUUUGGAGCUGGUUCAUCUUUUAACCAAGCCUUAUAUGCGAGCGUUGCAUUAUGCGUGGGCACAUCCCGGGUGGUGUGAGGACUUUUUUUGCGAACCCGUAUUUUGAAAUCUUCUUGUCGAACGUUUCUGGUGUCAUUAUAUUCCUGUAAAGAAAAAUUGUAAAUUGUAACUUCUGUCGAUUGAACAGCAGACAAAUUGUUUUCGUCUUCUAGAAUUUUUGAAAAGGUGUUACUACUUUGACUUUAAAAAUGCCUUCUAAAAGCUUCCUUAUAUCUUUUUGAGGAUAUUUAUUUAAUUUCUGUUUAACAAUUUUCUGUUGGUUUUUAUUAUAUAAAAAAUAUAGCUUAUA